AAAACUGGAAAUAAAACGUAAAAAGAAAGGGCAAUCUCGGCAAUACGAAAAAAUCAGUUGCGUUAUAUAAACCCUCCAACCCUACGAGUCAAUCACUCAUACUACUCUUCUUCUCUCUCGCGGCUAGGGUUUUAGCGCAGCUUCUUCAUCCAGAUUGUUGUGUUAAGCCGUUCAUUAUGGGAAAAGAGAAGGUUCAUAUCAACAUUGUGGUCAUUGGACAUGUCGACUCCGGCAAGUCCACCACCACUGGCCACUUGAUCUACAAGCUUGGAGGUAUUGACAAGCGUGUGAUCGAGAGGUUUGAGAAGGAGGCCGCUGAGAUGAACAAGAGGUCGUUCAAGUAUGCGUGGGUUCUUGACAAAUUGAAGGCUGAGCGUGAAAGAGGUAUCACCAUUGAUAUCGCUCUGUGGAAGUUUGAGACCACCAAGUACUACUGCACAGUUAUUGAUGCUCCCGGCCACAGGGAUUUCAUCAAGAACAUGAUUACUGGAACUUCACAGGCUGACUGUGCUGUGCUCAUCAUUGACUCCACCACUGGUGGUUUUGAAGCUGGUAUCUCUAAGGAUGGACAGACCCGUGAGCAUGCUCUCCUCGCUUUCACUCUUGGUGUGAAGCAGAUGAUCUGUUGUUGUAACAAGAUGGAUGCUACCACCCCCAAGUACUCAAAGGCUAGGUAUGAAGAAAUCGUGAAGGAAGUCUCUUCCUACUUGAAGAAGGUUGGGUACAACCCUGACAAAAUCCCCUUUGUUCCCAUCUCUGGGUUCGAGGGAGACAACAUGAUUGAGAGGUCAACCAACCUUGACUGGUACAAGGGACCAACCCUUCUUGAGGCUCUUGACCAGAUCAACGAGCCCAAGAGGCCCUCAGACAAGCCACUCAGGUUGCCCCUUCAGGACGUGUACAAGAUUGGAGGCAUUGGAACUGUGCCUGUGGGACGUGUUGAGACUGGUCUCAUCAAGCCUGGUAUGGUUGUGACUUUUGGCCCAACUGGUCUGACCACUGAAGUUAAGUCUGUUGAGAUGCACCAUGAAGCCCUUCAGGAGGCUCUUCCCGGUGACAAUGUGGGAUUUAAUGUUAAGAAUGUUGCUGUGAAGGAUCUCAAGCGUGGGUUUGUUGCCUCAAACUCCAAGGAUGACCCUGCUAAGGAAGCUGCCAACUUCACCUCCCAGGUCAUCAUCAUGAACCACCCUGGCCAGAUCGGCAAUGGCUAUGCCCCAGUCCUUGAUUGCCAUACUUCCCACAUUGCUGUGAAGUUCGGUGAAAUCCUGACCAAGAUUGACAGGCGAUCUGGUAAGGAGAUUGAGAAGGAGCCCAAGUUUUUGAAGAAUGGUGAUGCUGGUAUGGUUAAGAUGCUUCCCACCAAGCCUAUGGUUGUUGAAACUUUCUCUGAGUAUCCUCCCCUUGGUCGUUUUGCUGUGAGGGACAUGAGACAGACUGUUGCUGUUGGUGUCAUCAAGAGCGUGGAGAAGAAGGACCCAACUGGAGCCAAGGUCACCAAGGCUGCUGCCAAGAAGAAGUGAAUCGUGCAGGAUUUGUCAUGGAAGGACUACAAUAAAUGGUGUCUGGUUCGCAGUAUCAUUUCUAGUUGUCGUUUAGUUAACUUGUCUGCAGGUCUUUGUGUCAAGUCUUCACCAUCAUCCCGCAACUUCUGUUCCCAGAACUGGGUUCUGGAUCGACGGUGGCAAGACUAUUUAAGUUUUUGUGUUGCUUUAUUUUCAUUAUGAUGAACUUGUGCUGUCGUGUCUUUUGAGAACACCCGUUUAAAUUUUGUAAGGAGCAGUGAAUUUUAGGACUUGUCCUACACUGCUAUUUUGAAUUUUGGUUAUGAACAAUUAUAUUUGCGUCCCUA